UUUAAGAUGUCAAGUGCUCAAUUCAAUGCUGGUGAAUCCCAUGGCCAAGCUGAGGCCAAGACUGAGCAAUGGAUAGAUUCAGCCAAAAAUGUGGCAAAUUCUGCAGUUGACAAGGCUGAAAAUGCCACCCAAAGAGCAAGUGAGUCAGCUCAACAAAACAAUGACCACAAUGCUGGAUUUCUUCAGCAGAAAGGAGAGCAAAUGAUACAUAUGGCUCAAGGUGCAAUUGAUGGUGUGAAGAACACUCUUGGAAUGGGAUCAGAGAAGAAAUAAAUUAUAAAAAGGAAUUAAACACAAGUUUUAAUUACCUUUUAAUAUACAGAUUCAUAAUAUUA